UAAAUAUGCAGGAAGAUCGCAUAUUGUAUGACUUUCUGCAACCUGCUGAAUGGGAUCUACCGGGAGAGUAUCAGACGUCAUCUCAUGAGCUUUCAGCAGCAACCGGGACAUCACUUAUUGGUCACUUUGUGGCGUUUGCACGUGGCUCUCUUUCUUUGUUUCUGAAACUGCUUCGACUUCCCUUGAGUAGACGUGGUCAAGAUGUGUUUCAGUCACUGGUGUCACUUCUUGAGUCAAGAAUAGCAUGGCAGCUGGAUUUGCAUAAAGAUGGACAUCACUUGGCUAUUUUGCAAGACAGUCAUAUUGAGAUUAGAUCAUCUGACACAGAAUUUGCAAGGGCAGUCAAAGUGGAAAUUGGUGUGGAUUUAUAUCCACAUUGGAGAAAGUUGGCUUGGAGUCCAGAUGGAGAUUAUCUAGUCUACGUUUCAAGUUCUGGUUUCAUGAAUGUCAUUAGUGCUACAGGAAAACUGCUGCUCUCUACUGAUGCGACUACUAGCGGUGAUCCUAAACCAAGAAAGUUUAAUAAAUUUGCUGCUCCAUCUACUGUUCUAUGCAUCAAAUGUAAAGCAGACAUUCAAAGUUUGUUUCAGGUCAUUGUUGUCAGUUAUGGAGGCUUAUUGAAAAGCUACCUUAUCAAAUCUCAUUCUGACAUCACACUUCAGCAUACAUUCUCGUUUGCUGACCACCUUCCGAGCGUGGUUGCUGCUGUGCAGUUUAGUGAGAAGCACAACUUGCUGCUAGUUGGCAGUUGUAGCUAUGAGAACAACGAAGACUUCGGUGUCAGCUGCAGUGUGUCUUCUGUAACAUCUUGGAGACAAUUGGAUGGGGCACCGUUUUAUGCAAGAGCUUUGGAAGACUCGCAAGCAUCGACUCAUGAGAUGCAGCCAGGACUGUUAAAGAGUUUUAAACAAAAAUUUACAAAUCCAUUUGCAUCUCAUCAGGAUUUGGUCUUUGAACUCGUGCUGUCUCCUAAUGGAUCACUAUUGGCAUGUCUUGACUGUGAGGGAACACUUACUAUAUGGAAACUGCCUUCUCUUCGACAACAUUACAAAAAGAGCUUUGCAGAACAGGCACCUGAUUGUAAUGAUGCUAAAGCAACUUUACCAGAAACUUUAAGAGGUGGAAAAGGCCCAGACUACUAUGUAAACAUCCGUUGGUGGUCAGAUGAGUCACUUAUCUUAUCAAGAAUAUCAGGAGCAGUUACUGUAGUAGCCAUUGGGAAGAACCUUUUCAACUUACUUGGUAGCACUCCUGAACAGUUUGAACCUGGGUGUCUUGUCACACACUCAACAGGUGCAGGAUUUUUUAUCCUUGAGUGUGAAGGAACUGUAAAAAAGAGUCGUUUGUUGUCGUUUGGUGAUGGUGAAGGCAGUUCUGAAGGCAAGGGAGAACCAGUUGAUUCUAUGCCAGAAGAAAUGCUUGUAAAGAAAGUGGUGCGAGAAGCUUUGUUUUAUGUAACUGAUAGUGACCGGUUUAGACCAAGAAGUAAGAGUCCAAGAGUUGUGCAUCGCUCUUAUCGUUUGUUUUUUCUUCAAUCCAUGACACCUGAAGAAUUAUUCCACAGAAAAAUCAGUCAAGAAGAAUAUGGUGAAGCAGUGGCUUUGGCUCAACGAUUUGACUUGGAUGCUGACCUUGUUUAUCAGACACAGUGGAAAGCAUGUGAAGUGUCCAAGGCAUCUAUUGCAGACUACCUGGCAAAAAUAUCCAAAAUUGAUUGGGUUUUACGAGAGUGCUUGACACGUGUUUCUGGUGAUUGUGAUGCUGCCAGAGAGCUUUUCUUAUUUGGCUUGAACAUAACCAACAUAUGGGACGUCAUGGAUGAAGAUAGAGCUUUGGUAAUAAAGCCAAUACAAUCACCAACUAAAAGAGAAGCAGCGUGUUUGAAAGCAGUGGAUGUCAGCAAAUUUACUUCUCAUCAGUGGUUCCUCUGUCAGUGUCGUAAGCUGCUUUUCUCAUAUCUAGAUCGGCUGUCGACUUAUGAGGUUAUUCUUGGUGGACCUGUUGCAGCUGAGGAGCGGUUUAGUAAGGAACAAUUCCAACAUUUUCGCUCUAGAGAUCUUUUGGAAGCUGCUGUUUCAUAUGCUCAGGCUGAAGACUGGCGAGCAGUUCAGGCUAUAUUUACUCAUCACGGUGAUGCUGUUCUUCCUCAUUGGCUUGCCAUUAUUUCUCAUUUUCCUGAGACAAUGCCACCAAAGGAGUACGAGCUGCUUUUGCCUGAAAUCAGUACCGAUGAUCCAAAUGCAGUAAUGGGAUGGGAACAAGAGUGGUGGAGGACAGCUGACUGGGUUGAGAAGGAACCAAUAAGGAGCAAGUUAGAGGGUGAUGACGAGUUUGGUGAUCAAGCUGAUGUGGUUUCAGAUAUGUACACAUUCAGUCCACAUUUGAAGGAAUUUAGUGGUUCGAUCUCUGUUGCUAAUGUGUGCUUGUGGUAUCGUAUGCGGGCUGAAGAAAUUGAGAAACUUUCUGGUCAAGUUGAUAAUGCACUUCAACUUGUCAAAUUGGGUCUAGAAAGAGGAGCAACUGACCUGGAUAAGCUAGCGAAUGAUCUUACUACUCUUCAGACUAUUUCUUAUGAGUCGGGUUCAGCUGCAUAUUUGAGUCUGGAUGGAUUGAGAGCAUUGCCAUAUGAUAAACAACUAAUGAUGAUAAUGGAAAAGUCUCUUUCGAAACCGGAUGUGUUUGUGACAUGCUUCCAGAAAUUUGCUGUUCCAUUUCUUGCUCGAGUUGAGUGUCAGCAAGCAGGAACAUCAUUAUCUCUAAUGAAGAACUUUCUUGUUGAAAACUCAAGGGAAGACCUUGAAAUUUGUCUUGCCGUUUGUAAGGAAAGCAAAGAGGGUGGUGGAUCGCUUAUUUCAGAUAAAGCUGAUCUGAUGGAGAUAGCACUUGAAUGUGUUUACGCUUGUGAAAGAUCUGAUCAGCUUCCUAUUGCUGAUCAAAUCUUGGAGUGUCUUCCAUCUAAGGACCGUAGCACAAAUUCCAAGAGACUGCGGCAGCUUCAUGCAGAUGUAGACACACUGGAAGAUAUUAUUUGUGGGUCUGAACUUUUGCAAAAUCAUGAUAUUCAACGUCCUAUACAUUACCUCAAGGACAUUAAGGACAAUAAAAGAGAAGCUGAGGAGUUGAUGGUUAAAGUAUCACGAGCAGCAAACAGAAAAUCUCCUCCUCCAAGUGAGCAGCAGUGGAAGCAAGUGUUACGGGACAUGUUGUCUUUACAGAAAAGCGUAUUCUCUUGUCUUGAUCCUUUAGUAUGCUACAAUGUAUUUGCUGAAAGUUUGCUGUGUUGUGGUCGCAUGCAAGGCAUUGCGCUAGCAGGCAGCUUGCUGACAUCAUCUGCAAAGGAACGACCAGAGAUUAGCAAGUUGGUGAGGCAAGAGAAAGAGAAGGGAUUUGCUGUCCGUUUGUCGUUUGAGAAAUCAGUAGAAUUGGUGUUGAGUGCUGCAAGAGAAUAUUUCAAUUCUGCUACCAGUUUGAAAGAUAGAGAUAUGGAUUUGGCAAAGUCUUGUCUCGGUUUGCUAGAAGAUCGACCUCCUGAUGUACAAACUGAGUUGAACUUGAUUAGUGCACUUGCAAUAUUAAGUGAUUUUGGAGUGAAGAUGUUGCCAUUACAAGUACGUUUGGCUGCUAAGAAGCUGAGUAUUAUCGAGGAAGUUUUGAGGCAACCUGCAGCUUACAAGUCAGCAGCCAAGUUGGAGCAGCUUGGUGAGUUAGUCGGUGUUUCAUCUGUUUCUGAAGUGAGAGUUUCAAUUGCUGAAUUUGCUAUACAGAACGACGACUACAAAACUGCUGCAACAAUGUGUCAGUUACUGAUUGACAAAAACUACAGUGAUGCAUGGCAGGUGUGUCGCCAGCUUGGAGAAUGCAACAAGUUUGACGAUCUGGAUUUUAGAAAGGAGUUGUUUGCAUUUUCCUUGUCUCACUGUCCUUCCAACCAGAUUGAGCCACUUCUUAGAGCAUGUGGAAUGUUGGAAGUUGAGGCCAUGUUCAUUGACACAGCCAAGAAGCAGGAAAGCCUAUCUCUACAGACAACAUGGAGUCUGGUUGGUCGUAGCGCUGAUGCUGUCCAUGGUUUAGUUGGGCUUGGGGCUGGUGCAGUUAGUGGUUUUGUUAGUCGUUCAGCAGGAGCUGUGGAGUCACUAGUUGGAAGCAGGAUGGAUACUCGUGUGACACGAUCUGCAUCAGAACUGAUGAAUCAUUGCCUUGGGUGGAUGCAGAAUACAAGCAAGUUGCUGAGACGUUCAACAAGUCAAAGAGCGCCUGAUGGUCGACAGGAAGAGGAGCUACAUGAUGAAGAUGAGCAAGAUGAAGAGGAAGAACAAUUGAUGAAUUGUGUUUCACAGUCAGCUCAUUCUUUUUAUGGCUCACUUAUGCCAUCUGAUUUAGCCAUUAAGCAUUCAUUUGACUACAAUAUGUUUGAAGAAAAACGUGAAGAUGUCAAUCAUGAGCUCAUUGUAAAUAAGAACCUUAUCAGAAUGGCCAAACUGGCAGAAGCACGUUGCCAUGGAGAGGAAAGCGAGCAAACUUCAGAUGCUCUUGUGCAGCUGGCUAUGCACACUCUUUGCACAGAUCUGACACUGGCAUUGGGCUAUCUGUUGGCUCUACCUCAGGCUGAGUUUGCAGAAGAAUGUUUCCAGAGACUUCUACCAACACAGUUGUCUCUUCAGCUUGCCAUAUACUAUUAUGCUCUACACAUUUAUGUUGCAACUACGGCAAUCAACCAUCUGCAACCACAGUCUAGUCAACAUCCUUACUGUCAUUCCCCUGCCGAUCUUGUUCAACAUGUUACAGGCUAUGCAUGUCAAGAAACAAACAAAGACGUGGCAGUUGCACAGCAUAUUAGUCAACUAAAGCUCUACCAGGAGAAGCUGAUUGACUUUGGAUAUGCACGGAAACUCUCACAACUAGACAGAUCUAUAGAUUCGAGUUUGUUUGCUCAAGAUGAAGAAUACAGACAACAAACAGUUUUCAACCUCUCCAGAACUAUUGAUGAGGAGAGAUAUAGUACAGCUUUAGCAGUAGCUAAGAGAUACAAUGUUCCUCUAUUUGAUGUUCUGUUUUGUCACCUCAAGUGGUUGCUAACCAAAAGCGAAAUGAAUGUUAACGCAUUGGAACAGAGACUGCAGACCCUCGGCAUAAUUCGUCUCCUACUGGAGAAACCCACAAAGUUUGCAGAUUGCCUGCAUGCAGAAAUUUAUUCUGAAUUGCCGGGUUCAAAUCUCAACAGACUACUUUGUUAUUAUUCGCUCUUGGUACAGUGUGUUAAACUUGGAGCAGAAGAUGAGAGCCCUGUGUGUAUAGACUCUCAUAUUAAAUUACUGAAAAAGCUUAAACAAGCUGCGUCUGGUCUUGACUACAAGAUGCUGAUGUGUGGCUAUGACGUUGAGGAAGUUCUCCGCCCAGUUCUUACCAAUAGCAAUGUACAUGUGUUUGCAAAGACAUCAAAUAGUAUUCCAGUUCAAGGCUCCUAUCUAACACCAAGUGGAGUGUUCUUGAUUUACUGCAAAAAGCUGUUUUGGGAAGGAGAUGGCAAGGAAUCAGAUGAAUCCAAAGCAUCACAUUGGGUUCAUAGAUAUGAAAUUUGUCAAGAAUUUUCCCAGCGCCUCACUGCAAUUGACUUCAAGAAGCUUCUUGAUGACAUUGUCUGUAGCCAGCAAGCAACUCAGUUGCCUCUUAUAACUCGCAUGGAUGUCGUGAGACGAGCCAUCAAGUUUAGCAAAUCGCAGGCAUCAGGAAAACGAAAAAUUACAGGCAAAGACAUUGAGGAUGACAAAGGUAUAUCAUAUCAAGAAAUAGCAGAUCAACUGACUACCAUUCUCACUCACCUCCAGUCACUGGAAGAUCCAUUACUUCACCACUGGAUGACUUCGGACAAAGAAGAGUUUCGAGGAUAUGCAAUACAGUACGACCUGACUGCUGCUGACAGAGACAGGCUGCGUCUGCUUCUUGAAUCGAUGUUGUGCAAUGGAGAAUCGCCGGAAACAAUAGUGCAGUUGUUGCAGCUUGCAAACAGUGUGACCGAUCAUCAGUUGACAAUACAAAGUAUCCUGACAUCAGCUGUUUCUGAGCUGCUGCAAAUUUUAAGUUUACCGGAUUAUGGAAGUGAAGGAUUAGAUGAGCUUGCAAGUGUCAUCCAUACUGUGGCAACACACAUCAAAUCAGGUGGGGAAAUGUUGUCUCAGGAGUCUCUGGUUUCUCUUGUGCGUCCAUUUUGUGCAAACGUUGACCUUCCUGUAGAGCCUCGAACAGCUGUCCUACAGCUACUGGAAAAAAAUUUCACACUCGGCAGUAAAGACUCAUCACUACUUUUAUUCUAUCGUACAGAGGCAAUUGUGUCAAGAGUGUGGAAUCACACGGUAACAUUGCAAUCAGUUGACACACUUGCAGCUCAAGCAUCUCUGUUUGAUGAGUUGCUAAGUUCAAGCAGUUCUUUAGAACAUUUUCAAGGUCUUGUUCAACUCUUGUUGGUUUGGCCAACUCAACCUCAGCAUGCUGCUAGCCGUUUGCUCUCCUCGACCCUGAACUGUAAUGAUGAAGGAGCAUCCCAUGCUGUAGUUGCAAUGAGGAAGAAACUUCAUGGGGUGCAUAUUAAGUGUGAUCGUGAUUUGUACUCUACUCUUUGUGAGAAAACUCUCAAUUCAGCUAUUUGCUAUGCAUUGGUGACUCCACACAGUGAAUUACACGGCAGUGGAAUUGAGAUCCUUAAAACUCAAAAUGACAUCGAGGAGAGUGACGAGUUGCUUGAGUUACUUCUGAUUCGAAGACAAGCCGUGUCUCUUGUAUCAACACGUUACUAUGAUGCUUUCAUCAAAUAUGUGCUGGCACACCAGAAAUCUCCAGCUGAAGGUGUCUAUCUUGAACAUUUAGAAGAGGCGGCACAUGUAACAGAUAAAUCAACUAAUGUCAGUUCUCGAGUCAGUGAUGUUGUUCAUCAGUUAUAUGAGGCUGGCUUAUGGGGACAUGCAGGGUCUUUGCUGUUAGCAUCACAAGACAUUCACCCUCUGUUGAGAACUAUGGAUUCUGCUAUGCAUGCACUGACUAGUACAUUUGGGAAAUGACAAUAUUCUCACUUGUUUACCAUCUAAGUUUGAUUACAAUCACUGCAGUGAGGUGCAUGAGUUCAUAUCA